AUGACGAGUGUGAAUCAGGUAUGGCGGGUAGGGCCGUCGGUCUCGGCUGAUGGGUUUCCAGUGAAACAUGCUUUUCAGCUGGCGAAUUUGGGGGCGAAAGGGAGGUUCGAUUUGUUAAGUGGACAAAGUUUCAGCGGACCUAGCGGUGCAAUUAGAGGUGGUGAUUCCAGAACGAAAAAGAGAAAUAUCCGACAUGGUUUUACCUUUAUUGCAUUCUGCCAAGUUUCUGCUUAUGCAAUCGACAUCGUCGGCUGGGCCACGGGACUUAAACUUGGAUCCGAGUCAAAGGGUGUCACCUAA